CGGAAAAUGGCGGUGGCGUCGGCUGGGCCUGAACCCUGAGGCGGUAAACACCAGGCUGACAACACCCCCCUAGGAGCAAGGAAGGUGGCGCCCGGCGUAGAUCGAGCGGAGAGAAAGAAAGAGAGAAACGUGAAUUGGGAUUUUGACGAGGGAAAUAUCCCGGGGAAGGCGGAUUGAGAUGCCCGAGUGCCCCGUUUAACAGCGCAAUCCUUCCUCUCUCUCGCUCUCUCUACCCCCCCCCCCCCAACCCCACGGCCCAAGAUGUGGCUCAAGCUGUUCUUCUUGCUCCUCUACUUCCUGGUCCUCUUCGUGCUGGCCCGGUUCUUCGAAGCCAUCGUGUGGUACGAGACGGGCGUGUUCGCCACCAAGUUGGUGGACCCGGUGGCGCUGAGCUUCAAGAAGCUGCGGACCAUCCUGGAGUGUAGAGGUAUCUGCUACGCCGGCCUGCCCGAGAAGAAAGAUGUCAGGGAGCUGGUGCAAAAAUCAGGUGAUUUGAUGGAAGGCGAGCUUUAUUCUGCACUUCGCGAAGAGGAAGCAUCGGAAUCUACCAUUAGCACUGACUUCAGUGGCGAGAUGCAUUUCUACGAACAGGUGGAAGACACUAAGGAUGGGAUAUGGCUGGUCCAAGUUUCAGAAUGGUCAACAAAAAUAAGAAAGGAAAUGAGAGUGAUUGACAGACAAAUUCGAGAUAUUCAGAGGGAAGAGGAGAAAGUAAAGAGGUCUGUGAAAGAUGCUGCAAAGAAGGGCCAAAAGGAUGUUUGCAUCAUCUUAGCAAAAGAAAUUGUUCGAUCAAAGAAGGCUGUGAACAAAUUGUAUGCUUCAAAAGCACAAAUGAAUUCUGUCCUUAUGAGUAUGAAGAACCAACUAGCUGUAGCAAAAGUCACUGGUGCCUUAGACAAGAGUACUGAAGUGAUGAAAGCCAUGCAGAAUUUAGUAAAGAUUCCUGAAAUUCAAGCCACCAUGAGGGAUCUGUCCAAAGAAAUGAUGAAGGCAGGGAUUAUUGAUGAGAUGCUGGAAGAUACUUUUGAGAGUAUGGAAGAUGAAGACGAAAUGGAGGAAGCAGCAGAGAUGGAAAUUGACAAAAUACUUUUUGAGGUCACUGCAGGUGCCCUUGGGAAAGCUCCCAGCAAAGUCACGGAUGCUCUGCCAGAGCCAGAGCCGGAACUAAAAGGGGCCACGGCUGCAUCAGAUGAAGGCGAGGCAGAAGAGGAAAUUGAAGAAAUGCAGUCGCGGCUGGCAGCACUCCGGAGUUGAUCUGUGUAAAAUAUCUUGGCUGUAUAGUUCCCACUCGAAUUAUGUUGCUGUGGAGUAUGAGAUGGUUCCCAUACCCCUCUUUCCCUCUUCAUGCCAAUACCAAAGUCUAUAUUUUCUGCGUAAAACAUUGGUACUGUUAAAUCUGUACAAAGUAUGCUUCCCAAGAAGAACAAUACUACACUGGCAAGUCAUUUCUCCCAUUACGCUAAACUACUUCUCGGUAGCUGUCAAAACCUUUGACUACUUUAUUAUUCAGUAUAAUUUCAGCACUAAUGUCUUUACAAUUCCCAGACUUAACUGUGGGGGUGAUGAGGGUUACUGUUUAUGGUUUGUUUUUGGUUAAAUCAAAUUGUUGAAGAAUGUAAACACUUUUUUUUCUAAGUGGCCUUAUUAUAGUGAAAGAAUACUCCAUAAACUUGAUAGUGAUUAUCCUGUUAUAAACAACCCAUGGUGGGAAAAUAUUCUUUAUAUUAACUAACAAUUGUAUAUUUGAGUUGUAAAAGAAUGUUUUGGUUGAUAUUUCCUGCCUCUAGUUUUUACUAUUGCCAUUUUUGGCUUCAAAUGGCACCCUUAAGUAUGUGUUUGGAGUCCUCCAGCAACCGAGAUAAAACAAUUGAAACUGUUAAAAACAAUUAAAAUUGUUGGAACUUUAAAACCCCAUUUUAGUGCAGGAUUUGAAAUUUGAGAUGGGCACUGUAAUGUUUCUGUCUUUGGCAAGUCUCCCUUCUAAAGAUAAGAGUCCUUCUAAAGUACUAGUAUCCCGACUAGUACUUUUUCAUUUUUUUGUACAUAUGGAUGAUUACCAAGUCCUCCAUCAGCAUUCAAGCACAGUUGUGAAUUUCAGCAAUUCUUCAGUAAUAAAAGUGAACAAAAAGAUUAUGACGUGGGUUGACCAGGACUGCUUUAUAACCAUUAAAUAUGAUUUUGCAGUCUUUAAUGUAGGGGUAAGGGUCUCUCUGUGCGUGCAGAACAACCCAUUUUGGUACAUGUUCCUGAAAUAGAUUGCAGUUUAGUUGACUGUAGAGACAAUUCUCACUAGAACAGGCAAUUCAAAUCAGCCUGGAAUGACCUUUAGGUGCAACUUUGAUCAUACACUACUUUAAUUACAGUGCCACAGGCAGUUGCUGUUCUUCAUCUUAAAAUAAAACAAGAUGGAUUUAUUGGAGAGAUUUGUUUGAGAUAUUUAAGUAGGAAUUAAUUGUACUAGACUUCUGUGGAACUGCAAUUCAAUGUCAAUAAUAACAUUCUAAUUAUACAAAAACUUGGUCCACCUUAAUAAUUAAAUAGGGAUGCAAAGAAAAGGAAUAAACUCUGCUUUGGUUUA